AUGUCCUCGACGUGUGUGAACUCCCUCAAUUACUCCACAGCUUCCGGAUACAGGAGUAAUAUUCUGAGUGAAAAUAUUGGACAGAAAAUUGAGAUCACAGCCCUCUUGCUUUCCGCAUGGCCACCUGCAGCCACCGCAACCCCGGGCUUCCGCAAAUCGGCCAGCCCGAGAUACCGCAGCAGUGCCUCGGUCUGCCCUGAGCGCUGCAGCGACUCCGGCCCCAACACGGGAAAUUGGUCCGUGUACGCGGACUUCAAGCAGAUCCGCAAGUGCAAGGAGACCAAGUUCUACGACUUCUCGCUGUUUGACGAUGUUGAUAAUCGUAGCGGAACCCACCGCAUCCAGGCCUGCUCGUCGUACGGGCCGGACUUUGCCAGUCUCCCUGCCUCCACUGCGCGGAUUGCUUCCGCCGAGUCUGUUGAUGUUGAGUUUGAACUCGGCUGGUGGCAUGAGGGGUUCGGCCUGGCGGGUGCUGGACUGCGGUCGAUUGUUAAGCAGAUGCGCCGGUAUACCGAGGGUGGGCAUGGGCUGACGGACAGGCCGUUUAUUAUCUACGGCCAGUCUGGACAGGCAACGAUUGGCCUGUAUAUUGGGCAGGGUCUGCUGAACCAGGGGCUCAGCGAGUCUGCGCUGAAGCUGUUCCAGGAUAACCUUGACAAGCUCGAGGUCUCCACGCCAAGCCUGGCCAUGCAGCUCUGCGAGGAGGGCUACGAUAGCACGCACGUGUUUGGCCUGGGAAAUGCGACGUGCCUGUCGUUCUCGGGGUCCACCAAGUUCGCUAGCUCGGCCAAGUUCACUACGCCGCUUCUGAAUGAGAACCACACGACUACCAAUUCAACUAUCCUGGCUCGCAACCUGGCUCGAAACCUUGUUACCCGGGCCGACGGCGAGUGUACAGCUGUACAGGUUGACGCUGGCAACAGCUGUGCAGACCUGGCAGUGAAAUGCGGCAUCUCAGGUGCCGACUUCACCAAGUACAACCCUGGCACUGAUUUCUGCUCCAAAUUAAAGCCGAAGCAGCACGUCUGCUGCUCCAGUGGAGAUCUUCCUGAUUUCCGCCCCCAGCCCAACCAAGACGGCUCGUGCAAGGCAUACCAGGUCCAGGCCAAUGACAACUGCGACAGCCUUGCUACGGAGUGCAGUCUCAAGAUGGACGAUCUCGAGGAGUUUAACAGGAAUACUUGA